AUGUCUUCCCGCUCCUCCCCGCAUUUCUCCAACUCCGCCGCUUCGCCUCCAGAUCGCGACGGCGCCGAUGCUGCCGUCGAUAAACAAGGCUUCUGCAUUGACGUGAAUGACGCUCUGCCUCUUCAACACAAACGGAAGGCUCCUUUAUGGCGUCGGGGAUUAGCUGCCCUUUCUCCCUUCUCCUCGUCAUCUACACCGGCUGCGAAAGAUACCGAGGAUGCGCGCCCACUGCUCUCUCUCUCGGGCGCUUCCUCCAACCCCUCACUGAGGUUCUCAAAACGAUCCAAGAUCAAUCGCUGCUUUCUAUUCCCUUUGAUGGGAUUCUUUAUCAUGCUCGGCGUCGUGCAGUUCAUCACUAUUGCCUGCGGCAUUGUCGUGUCAUUCUUUUCGGACGACUUUGAUCACGCGAUAGACCGGUGGCGCUUCCGAGAAAAGGACGUCGGUCCUGAGAUAUCGCACUGGCCUACAGACAUUUCGAGGGAUAUCGUGCCGGUCGCAUGCCAUUCGCACAACGAUUACUGGCGCCCCAUACCUUUGUACUCGGCUCUACAGGCGGGCUGCGUGGGUGUUGAAGCCGAUGUUUGGCUCUUUGACAACGAUCUCUACGUGGGCCACACCACCUCGUCUCUCACUCCCAAGCGAACGCUAAGGAACAUGUACAUCAAUCCUUUACUGGAGAUCCUUGAGCGGCAGAAUCCCCGCACUGCAUUCCAUCCCACCGACGAUCAGCCGUUACAAGGGGUUUUCGAUACCGACCCAUUCCAAACCCUGAUCCUUCUGAUCGAUUUCAAGACCGAUGGGGAGGAAACCUGGAAGAGUGUAAAUGCACAGUUGUCUCCUCUGCGCGAGCGUGGCUACCUUAGCUAUUUCAAUGGCACCGACGUGGUCGAAGGCCCGAUUACCGUCGUCGGUACGGGAAAUACGCCCUUCAACCUGGUCAUGGAUAAUACUGCUCACCGAGACGUCUUCUUCGAUGCACCUCUGGAGAAACUAGCCGAGUAUGACGAAAUCGAACUGUUUGAGAAUCAUGCGCUCUCAGAUCCCGACCAGCAUGUUCCACAAGACCAAGCCGUGCAGACGGAGAGUUCCACCGAGAAUGUCGGUCAAGGCUUAUCGGGCAUACCCGCUGCAGAUAUUCGUCCCAACACAUUCAAUAGCACCAACAGCUACUACGCAUCGGUUUCUUUCAAGAGUUCGAUCGGGUUUCCUUGGUCUUUCCGCCUCAACGAAGCCCAGAUGACCAAGAUCCGGGCGCAAAUUCAGGCCGCGCAUCGUCGAGGCCUGAAAGUCCGCUAUUGGGGCUUGCCGAGCUGGCCGCGCAGUUUGAGGAAUCACAUCUGGAGCGUCUUGGUCCGCGAGGAUGUGGAUAUCCUCAAUGUCGAUGAUCUACAGAGCGCCACUAAGAAGGACUGGAGGCCCAAGUUUUCCGAUUGGUGGGGUUGA